GCGAGAGCUCGGAGAGCUUGAUAAUACCUACUUUCGCGGUCUCGGGGGAUCUCUAAAUCGCGAGCGGAAUAAGUUCGGGGGUUUGUUCGUAAACUCGCUUCCAUUGGGGAAACUUUCAACUUCAUCUAACUAACUCGUAGUUAGUUACAAGUUUUGUAAUAAUUGUGCAGUUAGUACCUACCUACCUACGUGAAUCGAUGGUCUUCAACACAGCAUAGGAUUGUUCUAAUUAAUUAAUUGAAGCCCGGUUAACCUACUAGUUAGUUAAGAACUUAUCGAAGUCUUGCGAUGGCGGAGCAUCCUUCGUUUACAUUGGCGGCUUUGCUUGCCGCUGGCGGAACUGCUGGAUUCGUCAAGACUCGCUCGAGGCCGUCGCUUAUCGCGGGCCUGGGACUAGGAGCUUCUUAUGCGUUUGCUGGCUACCUCAUAAAGGGCAACAAGGACUACGGCACGGAGCUCGCACUAGGAAACAGCAUCCUCCUGCUGGGCUCGGCCGUGCCGCGCGUCAUCAAGACCAAGGCCCGCGCCCCGGUGCCCAUCGGCUUGCUGGUUGCCGGCGCGCUCGCCACGUUCUACUACCAGAAGAAGGUCCGGGAGUUCCGGUUCGGCGUGUAGGGUUUUGCUUGGGGCGAAUUAUUUUAUUUGGGAAGUGGGUAUGAGAGAGAGAGAGUGUGGUAUCUCUCUCUUUGAAGAAACCCGGGUUCGGCUGGUUGCUGAUGUGUACGGUAUCGGAAAAUUGAUGGGUUUGUAUAAUAGGUUAGGUAGCUAAUUGUGUAUCCCUCCUCAUGCGAAGAACAGCUCGACCGAGUUUCGGCUCA